AUGAGGUUUUUAGGUUUAACUAAACGGGUCCUGCCUAGUGGACUUAACACCCCUUUCAAAAACUCACUGCCUAGCAAUGGGUUCAGGUACCUGAGGAUUCCAUUGAAAAUAUUCUUUUCCACCCUCAACUCAGAAUCUACAGAGUCAAAUGAGCUGAAAAACAAAUUUAAAGGCUCCGAGGAGCAGCAGAGCAAGAAAUUGGCCAACUAUAAGAGCGAAGCCACCUGCACAAGGAAGGUUUACGCGGACAACGAGAAGGUGAGCCUGGGUCCUCCCACCUUCACCAUAUUCUCUCCAGAGGUGUGUCUGACGCUUAAGCUGAAGAAGGACGAGCUCACUGGCCUGGACAGCCUCCUCUUGACCGGGAUGACCCGACUCAAGGAUGGUUCCAACGCGUUCAACAAAAACUCUAGAAUCUCGUCGCUUCUGCCGCUAGACACUCUGAAGAAGUUAAACCAAGUCUUGAAAACGAACUCCGAGAGCCCGGUGACCUUCGAGGGCCUGGACGGGUGCAGCGUCGAGGUCACCAACAACAAUGGGAAUUUCUCGGUAAAGCUCUACCCAACUCUUGUACCAGGUCUCAAUUUAACUUCAGGCAUGCUCCCAGGUUUUCCCAAUGGGCACAGCUACCUCAAUUUCACCGGGUCUGUGACUGAGCAUUCACUGCUGGUACAUGCUCUCAGUGAACUGUCAGAAUCUCUGUAA